CGUCGCUUGCACCAGGAGAGGCAUCUCUUGAAGGGGCCAUGUCAGAGCCAUUCCCUGGGCAAAAGGCUGCCUCCACCGGGAAUCCGCGUUGCCUCCCCUGCCUGCAGGGCACUUACGAGAGCCGCAGGCUGAGCAAAGGUAUAUUCAGAGGGCGUUACGAUUGGCUCCCAGACCUGCAAGUUGCUGAGCCCUGAUUGGCUGCAGGGGGCUCCUUUGUUCCUUUCCAGGCUGCCGCAGAGAGAGCGGAAGUUCGAUUCCGCUGUGCAGUCGCUGGACCUUGCAAAGGGCAGGUCGCCACCCAAGGCAGCGCCCCAAAACCCGUUUCCUUUGCUGAUCACAUCCGACAGGGGAGGAAGAGAAAAAGCCACGGCUGUCUGAUUCGUCCCAGCCUAUCGCUUGUGUCUCAGGUGGUCUUCAGCAUGGAUUUGGAGAGCAAAGUGAAGAAGAUGGGUUUAGGGCAUGAAGAAGGAUUUGGAGCCCCAUGCUUGAAAUGCAAAGAUAAAUGUGAAGGAUUCGAGCUACAUUUCUGGAGAAAAAUAUGUCGAAACUGCAAGUGUGGCCAAGAGGAGCAUGAUGUUCCCACCAGCAACGAGGAUGAUCGUAAAGUGGGGAAGCUCUUUGAAGACACAAAAUAUACAACCCUUAUUGCCAAGCUGAAGUCUGAUGGCAUCCCUGUGUACAAGCGCAAUGUCAUGAUACUGACAAAUCCAGUUGCAGCCAAGAAGAACGUGUCCAUCAACACAGUAACAUAUGAGUGGGCGCCUCCUGUUCAGAAUCAAACCCUGGCAAGACACUAUAUGCAGAUGCUUCCAAAGGACAAACAGCCCGUGGCUGGCUCGGAAGGUGCUCAGUACAGAAAGAAACAGUUGGCGAAGCAGCUGCCUGCUCACGAUCAGGAUCCUUCCAAAUGCCACGAGCUGACUCCUAAUGAGGUGAAGCAGAUGGAGCAGUUUGUGAAGAAAUACAAGAAUGAGGCGCUUGGAGUGGGAGAUGUCAAGCUCCCAAGUGAAGUGGAAGUAAAAGGCAGCGAGAAACAUGUUCCGAGUAAUGGAGAGAGGGGCACCUCGGCCACAGUAGGAGCGAUGGAAAACAAGUUGGCUGGUCAGAAGGCAUCCCAAUAUUCAUGCUUCUUGUGCAAGCUGAACAUGAAAGAAGGAGACCCAGCUGUCUAUGCUGAGCGUGCUGGUUAUGACAAGCUCUGGCACCCUGCUUGUUUUGUCUGCUGUACCUGCGGGGAACUCCUCGUAGACAUGAUCUACUUCUGGAAGAAUGGCAAGCUGUACUGUGGCAGACACUACUGUGACAGCGAAAAACCCCGCUGUGCUGGAUGUGAUGAGCUUAUAUUCAGCAAUGAAUACACCCAAGCAGAAGGUCAAAGCUGGCACUUGAAACACUUCUGCUGCUUCGACUGUGACUGUGUCUUGGCCGGUGAGAUCUAUGUCAUGGUAAAUGAAAAGCCUGUCUGCAAACCAUGCUACGUAAAGAACCAUGCUGUGGUCUGCCAAGGUUGCCACAAUGCCAUAGACCCAGAAGUUCAACGUGUGAGCUACAACAACUUUAACUGGCAUGCAACCACAGAGUGUUUCCUGUGCUCUUGUUGUAGCAAGUGCCUCAUUGGCCAGAAGUUUAUGCCAGUUGAAGGAAUGGUCUUCUGUUCUGUGGAAUGUAAGAAGAAGAUGAUGUCCUAAAUGGAAGACUAUCCAGAUAAAACAAAAGCUUUGCCUUACUUCAGACUCCUCAGCAUUUCUACUAUUCAAGUGUAAUAUUUUUGGACAUUUUUAACAAAAUCCAACAUAUUAAAUGGCAAAUGCCAAAGAUCUUUCAUUACUCACUUGAUAGCUUUUGAUUAGUACUUCAGUAUUUUUGUAUUCUUAAUGCUUUUGAUUUCUUGUUGCAAAUGUAGGAAGCUUAAUAUUCACUAUGUACUCCAAAGUCUCUUAUUUACCCUACCAUUGGGUACCUGAAUUUGGGUAUGGUAGUUGAUUAUGAAGUCGUAUGUGGGAAGCAAGACUGACAUCAUGUGCCUACUGCUGGACUGUACAGCUUCAAGCUGUAGUGAAGCAAUUGAGUUCAGUGGUCUUUUUCUUAAAGGAAAAAAAUUGAAAACUCCCAACAUGUAUAAAACUAGCAUAAACAACAUAUUAUUCUGUGUAUGACUAGCUGUACAUUUGCAGGAUGCUUUUUAAAGUGUGGAACACCAUUCAAACUUCAGAAGUGGUACAGUCCAUCCCGAAAUAAACCCUGCCGGCUUGCUCACUGUACUAUGGCAGUUUUAACAUAAGGGUGAAUACUUUCAGAGGCUUUCUGCUUUCCUUGAGAUCUUUAAGGGAAAGUCUUGAAUGCCAUGGCAUCAUUGUAUGAAAUUGCUUUCAUUGUUCACUAAAUGUAAAACUGCAUAAUUUAAAAAAAAUAUUUCUGUGCUUAGAAUGUGACCUUGCUUCCUAUUAAAUGGCUGAAGGUCUGUCAGAAUGCAAAUGUAUCCUUUUUGUCCAUGGCUUCUCCCAGUCACAUUUCAUAUGGACAGUUGGUUGGUAUUUCUUUCUGACUAUCUUACAUGCAGUAAGAGGAAACACUUCAAUUUGUUCAUCUUUACAACACAAGAACUUGUGAAGGGGUAUUUUUGGUAGCACGAUUAUCUUGCUUCCACCACAACCUGAGAAUAAUACAUUCAAAAAAUAAAGUGCUAAUAGUACAAUCAUAAACGGAGUUACACUUCUACAUUCAUAGAAGGUGAAGAAGGAUGUAACUCUGGUUUGGAUUUCAUUGUCAGUCUUUUUUGGGGAUAGAUUGAUUCCCAGUGCCUACAAAAAUCAGGGGAAGGGAACAAGUAGUCUGGUGAGGUUUCACCAAUAGCUAUGUGUUUCAUGUAGACCAUAAGUCACCAUACAGAAUCAACUAUAAAUUAGAUAAAAGCCAAAAUGUUUGGUGACUCUAUUUAAAAACAAAAUAUUUGGUGGAUAUUGUAACAUCAGAAACUGAAGCUUGUGUGUCCUUGGAGAUUGUAACAAUUUUCAAACACUUCCAGGUUUUCAGAAUCGACUCCCAAACUUGCCACCUUGAAGUAGACUGAACGCCUGGAAAUUGGGAUAAAAGCUGAAUCCAAAAUAAAACUUUCCUCCAUCCCCUGUUCCUGCAGUGCAUUGACCUCAACAGAUACUGGCCCUGAGGGGUGGGACCCUUGCAGAACAACAUGAAGGGGGUCUACAGUGGGAAGGAGUGAGUCAUUGGAAAGAGCCAAUUUGAUCUGGUUAUGAUCUGAGCAAUUCUUAACAGAGUUACAAAAUUUAUUUCAAUGGGCCUAGAAAGGCAUAAUUCUGUUCAGGACUAUACUGAUAGGAAGCGUAAUGGUAGCAUGCUGCUAUUUCUUAACAAAGAAUAUAAAAAGGUAUGGCAAAUUGUGGCAGCCAUGCAGAUUGUGGGCAUUCUAUGCCAAAAUGAAUGAGUGAAUGAAUAAACUUUUGCUUAUGCAAA